CCCCAUCUGUAGAACAAGGGACUAAACUAGAACUCACCAUCACUUUCAUCUUGAAUAUUCAAAGAUUCUGAGCAGGGCCCUCCGCAUGCAUUCACUCAGGUAGAGGAUCUGGACCUGAGCUCUGUUAAACCGCUGAGGAUGCUGGCAUCUGGAACACUUGCCUGACUUGCGUAGUGGCGACUGAGGUGCCCAAACUGUCUUUCAAGUUUGCUUAUGGCUGUGUGCCCUGUAGAGUAGAGCUCUGUUAUCACCUGGAAGCUUGUUAGAAAUGCAGGGCUUUAGAAAACUCCAAGGACUGCUGUGUCAAAGUCUGCUUUUUAAACAUGGUCUCCAGGUAAUUCUUAUGCACAUUGAAAUUUGAGAAGUGAGGGCUUAAUCUUUUCAUGAAAUAGGCUUGUAUCCAGGUCUGCCACAUAGACUGGCCCUCUCAAUGUAAUGGCAGAAGAGACAGCUUCCUAAGGACCAUGAAACUUGUAGAACUGCCCUCUGCCCACAGAAAGAUGACCCUUUGCAUUUAUUAUGUGGAUCACAUUAUAUUUAUUGUUCAUCUCCCUUUUUCUCACCCUUCAGCUUCCAGACUAUGCUUGGGCAUGGGGACUUCUAAAGCAAAAAAUAACACAAACAAUAACAACAACAAUUCUUCCUUUUGUCUCUUAAAAUGCAGACCCAACGACAGUUUUAAAGCAGCAUGGUUUUGUGUUUCCGUCUGAGCUCAUGAAAGAAAAUAUUGUGCCAACUGUACAUCCCUCAAACCUAAACAAGUGUUGGUCUCCAUAACCAGCAGCAUGUUCCGGCGCAUUCACUGAAGCCCGCUUCCACGGCUGGUGCUCCAUGUUUUAAAAACAUACAAAGCAGCCAUCUGUGCUCUCAGGAGCUGAUGAUGUGGGCAGGGAGCCCGGGAGGGAAGCUGCUUCCAUCAUCUCCCUCUGGUUGUUUUCACCCUGCAGUCCUGGCUGCUGCAGACUCGGUCACAAGUAGGACGGCAGGUAGCGAUGCCUCUCGAUUCUCCCACUCAAACAGCCCGGUGCCUCCAGCGCGGUGUACUCUGGGCCACCUAGACUUAGGAAUGAAACCUAUCGCCUGUUUUCCCCAAUUCCAACAUAAGCACCCUGGGGAUCAUUCAGCAUGUGCUGCUGUUCUCCCAACUCAUUGCUUUCUUAAAAAUAGUUCAUCUGCUCAUAUCUGGUCAACCGGCAGAAAACCAAGAAAAACUCCAUGCGAAGAGCGAACUCCAUGUACUGUAUUUCCCCUUUCAGUUCUUUACGUUCUGGCGUUACGUAUUUCGAUGCUCUCUUGUUAGGUGCGCACACACUUAGGAUGAUUAUAUCUUCUUGGAGAACGGACUCUCUUAUCAUUAUGUAAUAUUUACCUGUAUCUCUGAUAUUUUUCCUGGUUCUGAAAUCUGCUUCAUCUGAAAUGAAUAUAGCCACUCCAGCUUUCUUUUGAUAAGUGUUAGCAUGGUAUAAAUUUCUCCAUCUCUUUACUUUUGACCUAUUUGAAUCUUUAUAUUUAAAGUGGAUUUCUUAUAGACAACAUAUACUUCCUUAUCCACUCAGACAAUAUCUUUUAACUGAUGUGCUUAUAUCAUUUAAAGUAAUUGUUAAUAUAUUGGAUUUAUAUCUACCAUGUUUAACUUUAUUAUUUUUUAAUCUUUCCCUCAUUUUGCCUUCUCUGAUUUUAAUUAAGCAUUUUAUGUGGUGUUAUUUUUUCUCCACUUUUAAUAUACCAAUUGUGUUUCUUAAUUUUUGUAAUAUUAGAAUAAUUUACUAUUUACAUUUAAAACUAACCUUAAGUCCAUCUUCAAAUAACACUAUACCACUUUCUUUGUAGUACCAGUACCUUAUGACAGUUUUCCUAAUUCUAUCCUCCCAUCCAUUGUGGCAUUGCUACCAUUCAUUUCUCUUACCGUAUGUUAUAAUUAUCUAAUGCUUUGUUAUUAAUUUGAAAAGUUAUCUUUUAGAUCAAUUAAGAAAGAUUAUUUCAUUUUUACUUAUUUCUUCUCCAACACUCUUCCUUUCUUUAUGUCAAUCUGAGUUUCUGACCUGUAUCAUUUUCUUUUUCCUAGAGAAUUACUUUUAACAUUUCUUGGAUAACAGGUCUUUAAUUUUCAUUUGGGAAAGUCUUUAUUUCUUCACUUUUGAAGGAUAAGUUUACUGGAUAUAGAAUUUUAUAUCCUAUAUUUUAGAUAUUUCAACAGUUUAAAUAUUCUUGCUUGUAUAGUUUUUGGCAAGAAAUCUGCUGUAAUUCUUAUCCUCUUUCCUUUCUGGGUAGAAACAAUUAACCAACUCUAUUACCUCUGUUAAGUUGCUUAAACUCUUUGAAAAUUUCCUACUAGAAAUAAGGGAAAUAAUGCUAUCUGCCUGAUAGAUUUCUAGUGUGAAUUGAAAGAGACUAGAUAUAGGGGACUCAGGAAAAUUCCAGUAUAUAGCAAAUGCACAAUAAAUAAUGACUGUUAUUAAAACUACAGCUUAUUCACUAAGUCAUCUCAACAGGAUACUCAUCUUGUGAGACACUGUCUGAGUACCAUUGGGACUCCCACCAUUUCCUGCGUUUCUCCUCUUUUAAAACUAUUUUCAUAACAGUCUUGGCAUUACUAUAGUUACUUUUAUAACCACUAUGAUCAUAUUCAUAUUCAUAGUUUCUUUUGUGUAGGGAUUAGAGUAGAAUUAGAUAUCAUUAAGGCUCCACUUUCAUGGUGUUAGGUCAGUAUCAUUGAAAAGUUUUACCAUAUAAAUAAAAUCAAAUACUUUCAGAAUUAGUAAGAACUUUAGCUCAAGUUAUUCAUUCAAAUUGAGACUAUCCUUAAUGACACAUCUAAAAGAUGAUUCUCUUUAUACCUUCUUGGAUAUAUCCAGUGGCAAGAAGCUAACUACAUCGUAAGAUUACUUAUUUCACCAGUGUACAUUUUCUAGUAAUUGCACACUUUCUUUCUACAUUGAAAAUAAAUCUAUCUUUCUAUCACAUCACCCCAUGGUCCCUGAGCCGCCACGCCUCAAGUCUGUCUACCAGCCCUGCCAGCAUUUGAAGACCACCUUAUUUCUCUGUUUCUCCCUUCAUGCAAAACUCAACUCUCUAGAGUUCACCUCACCUUAGUGCUUGAAAGCCUUGGCUUUGAAAUUUAAAGCCUCAACUCAGCCAUUUGUUAUUUGUGUAAUCCUGAAGUUAUUUCAUCGCUUUUCCAGUUUCUUUGUACGUCAAAGAAUACCACCUACUUUAAAGGUUUCUUUUGGAGAUUAUCAUAAUGCAUUAAAAAAUUUAGCAUACAAUAACUUGUGAUAAAAUGCUUACUUUGAAUUAACUGAUUAAUUAUUCAGUUAAUCAUUUUCUUUUGAGAAGGUGUACAACCUGUCCCUUUAUUUAUACUGGUCGUCUGCCUGCGAAUGUGCCCAGGUUAUGAACCAUCUCUCCUUAGGAGAACCGACCUGAAGGACAUAUAAUAAUAGGAGCUGCAUAAUAAAUGAUUACCAACAGUUAAGGUUUCUGUCUUGAAUAGUGCUGUUUAUUGGAGAUAACUAUAUAGCCACAGGGAUGUAUGGAUAAUUUAAAAAACAAUGGAUAUAUGGUAUCACAAGCAAAAAGGCUUGAAGGUAUAUAAGGCAACCAAAAAAAGGGAUAGCAUUACAGGUUAUCUAAAGUUAGAAUUGGAACCCAUUCUACUGUCAAUAAUUUUGGAGCAAUGCAGAUAUUUCCACUUUAGAGCAUCCUUUUCCGAUGCUCUUGUUGCUAUUAUUUCAUAGCUGGGUGAUGAACGUCGAUGUGCUAAGUGCCCCCUCAGAGCUAUCAUCUGAGUCCCAGGUGGGGCUUAGGGCAUCUGAAAAAGUUUCCAAGAAAUUAACCCUGGGAGAGAGAGUGAGUGUGUACAGCUCCUGACUGUACAAACCCUGGGAGACUCCAUUCUUUAUAAAAGCAGAAUCGAAGCUCCUUUGGCUGGAGCACUCUGUGCUCUGCUCAGAAACAGAAGAUGUGAGGUAUUGUCAUGACACUUUGGAAGAUGUGGCUGUGUUCUCAGGUGGAUUAUAUGUGUGUUCAAACUGCUACCCAUGUGUCACUGUUAGCCUCUUCCGUCACAUCCUGAUGGAUUCACAUGCAGGGACCUUCUGGGUCUUUGGGGUUUCCUUCAAAACUCAAGCAGGAUUAUAGAGUAUUAUGGUGUCUGAUCAUGGGCAAGGACCAUAGACCUCUGAGAGCCUUUGGUGGCCUAGGGAGGUGGGCGCCAGCUCACAGAAAUUGGCAUUGCUCAGAGACACAAUCCAGGUGUGGCUAGAAGAGCAACAAGGAGCAGGUCUUUGCAGCAUUGCUCCCCGAGGGUGUCACUGCUUCUCCCUCUGCCGUCUUCAUUGUGCCUGAUUCUAAGGUGGUACAUGAGUGACUCAUUUUGGCUUGGUUAUCCCCUUUAGACACUUGCCACAGUCUGUGAUGAGAAUCCCUAUGCUGAAUGUGGCUCUAUAACUUGACAGCUCUUAUACUGGAGUUGAUACUAAGAAUCAGUGUCAAAAGGAUGGAGAAAGCCUGUUGUUUGAUCUCUAAAACUCAAUGAGACAUCAACUAGGUGUUCUCUAAAGUCAAGCCUGGAAAUGGCCAGGAAGAAGUAAGGCAAGAAGACUUUUCCCAUUUUAGGGUAAAAUCAGGAUAUGAACCCACCCAGAGGGGUGUCAUUGCCUCGCAGUGGAACAGACUGUCUCGGAAAGCGGUGGCGAGCCGAGGACAUGGACGGAAGAGCAAAACAGGUCUGAGUAUUGGCUCUGUCACAUUCUGCCUUUGAAAUGUUGGGCCACAUGUUUCAUUUUCUAUGUUUGUUUCCUGAUCUAUAGAUGGAAAUAGUAAUAAUAGUUUCUUCUUACAGGCUUAUUUUUAAAAAGGAACACCUUUUGAAGGUUUGAGCCCAGUCUUUGGAACACAGUACAUAUUUGUUAAAUGGUAUCUAUAUAUACACGUAUCUAUGUAUUAACAUUAUGAUUAUUAAAGUAAGUAACGAGAGGAAGAGGUCUUCCAGGCAUAUACCCUGCUCUUGAACUGUUUAACUUUACUCCUUAGAGCUGCUCUUUGACUUUCUGCCCUAUGGGUCACUGUAUUUCCCUCUGUCACAGUAACCUGAAUUUGAUGUUUUCUUUGCAGCUCUUAUUUCUCUUGCUUAAUAUUUCAGAGUCAGAAAAGGUGAAAGGCAUGAGAAGACCCAGAGCAGCACCUCCUGAUAGACUGGAGAUAGGAGACCUCCCAUGUCUGGAAGGAUGUACUCUGAAGAGGAAAUCAUCUAAGUGUAUUCAAAAACGUCACUUGGUAAAAUAUUUAUUUGCAAAUAAUUUUGGAAGACCAACAUUAUAUAGGAAGGCACUUUAAAAAGCAAGCUGAAGAUGCAUCACACAAAGGAACGCUUCUCAUUAGGAUUUAUGUCUUUGCCAGAUAUAAGCUCACAGGCCCUUCAUGAGCUUUACUGUGACACCAGGGUAUUUUUUGUUGUUAAUAUUAUUGCUGUUAUGUGACUUUCAUUUUGUGGACAAUGAUACUCUAUCUAUGGAAGAUGUCGUAUAAGUUGUUUUAACUACUGCAGCUAACAAGUCGCAAAGCCAGGAUUCAAAUUAAGUGAUCUGAUAUCUAAGAUGAGGUUUUUUUUCUCCUCCUGAUAUUUUUCAGAGGAGAAGGAAUAAUGGGAGUUUGUUAUUCAAAGCUAUUGUGAGAGUUCCAAAUAUAAAUAUGCCUAAUAAAGAGAGUAAAUCCAUGAUUCAAGUAACUGUUGAAAGGUGUUUAACUUAACAUGAGACUGUUUUGGAUGUAUCUCUGAACUUCUGACCUUGUCAUGACAGCCAUCAGACUCACAAACAUACCCUCCAGCGGCCGGAUGGAGAAUGGCUCUGCCAUAGGCAUUUCUUUGUACCAGACAUUAUUAUAUAAAUUCACAAGAAGGCUAGCUGUUACCUGUUAAAAACAUAGCCAAAGCACUCACCAGCCAAAAACUUGAUUAUUUGAUUUUGGUGUUUGCACAUUGGUCUCUGGGGUCCCUUUUUGAAGUCUGACUUUCCCAACAGGUAUGAGGAAUCGCUCAGUCGUGACUGAAUUUAUCCUGCUGGGCAUCCCGCACACAGAGGGUCUGCAGACCACGCUCUUCGUCCUGUUUCUGUCCUUGUACAUCUUCACUCUCGCGGGGAACCUGCUCAUCCUACUGGCAAUCGUCUCCUCCACCCGGCUUCACACUCCCAUGUACUUCUUCCUGUGCAAACUGUCUGUGUGUGACAUGUUUUUCCCUUCCGUGAGUUCCCCCGAGAUGCUCUUGUGCCUCGCAGGGAACAGCCGAGCCAUCUCCUAUGCAGGCUGCGCGUCCCAGCUCUUCUUCUACCACUUCCUGGGCUGCACCGAGUGUUUCCUGCACACGGUGAUGGCCUCUGACCGCUUUGUUGCCAUCUGUCACCCUCUACGCUACACGAUGAUCAUGAGCCGCAGGGUGUGUGCCAUCCUGGCCGUGGGAACCUCCUUUUUUGGUUGUAUUCAGGCCACCUUUCUAACCACCCUCACCUUCCAGUUGCCUUACUGUGGCCCCAAUGAGGUGGACUAUUUCUUCUGUGACAUCCCGGUGAUGCUGAAGCUGGCGUGUGCAGAUACCUCAGCCCUGGAGAUGGUGGGGCUCAUCAGUGUGGGCCUCAUGCCCCUCAGCUGCUUCCUUCUCAUCCUCACCUCUUACAGCCGCAUCGUCUACUCCAUCCUGCAGAUCCGCUCUGCAGAGGGCCGACGCCGUGCCUUCUCCACCUGUAGUGCGCACCUCACCGCCAUCUUGCUUUUUUAUAUGCCAGUGGUCCUCAUCUACCUAAGGCCAACCCCAAGCCCCUGGCUGGAUGCAACUGUUCAGAUCCUGAACAACCUUGUCACUCCCAUGCUGAACCCCUUGAUCUACAGCCUCAGGAAUAAGGAGGUAAAAUCAUCUCUGAGGAAGGUCCUGCAUCAGGUGGGCUUCCUCCCUGAGCAGCUGUGGAGAAAGGACAGUAGCUAACAUUUCACCCUCCCUGCAUAGCUUAUAAAACAUUUCUGUGUGGUUUGCACAGAUAUUUUUUAAUUGGAAAGUGCAGGUAUUAUGAUUAUCUCCAUUUUACAAUGUGGGGACUUAUAUUUGAAGCAUUAAUGUGACUUGUUGAAGGACAUGUAAGGACUGAAUGGCAGAGUGAAAACUCUAGGGCUGGUUUUCUGAAUCUGGGACCCGUGCUUCCUUGAGGAUAUUGAACUGCUGCUGAGAGAAGGAGGUAGGUCUCCCCAGUAGGUACAAUCCGGACUUUCUGCCUUCCGAUAUUUAUUUUCUUCAUCCUCCUAUGUCUCCUCUUCUACUUCUCCCCCUCUCCCUGGUACUUCUUCACCUUACCUGCAGUGAUUUUCCCUCAAAUGCCUGCUUUGGAUAAGCCCUCAUUUUAUUGGUCUAGGAGUUAUUAGGAAAAAAAAAACAGGAGAGGUGCAUUCCCAAGACUUCAAGUAGCACCCUAAGAUACAUAAAGAAGUUGUGUAACAAGAAGGACUUCUGGCUGAGACCUGAAGCAGAUCUCUAUGAGUGAAGCUGAGGUACUGGUGUGCCAUCCCACCUAUGAAGGCCUGUUGGGCUUGGACCUGGAAGCAGGUUAUAGAAUGCGGCAGUGGUUUGAGAACAUGGGAAAGGCAAAUGGGGGAAUACACAGAGAGGUGACCGCACUGCAGGUAGAAACUACAGACUUGGCUUUCUAUUGCUCAGUACAACCAGGCAGGCGAUGCUGGUCCCCAGCUGUCACUGCUGCGUGUGUCUUUGGCUUCUCUGUUUACGGAAACGGUUUGGCUUUGGUUCCCAUUCUUAAAUUUCUUUAUUUUUUGGCUGAAAUGUGUUAAGAAUGAAAGAUGUCCUCUUAACUAUUGUUUUCAUGACUGAAUUCUUUGAGAACACUAGGACCCAUAGUUGCUAUGAGGUUUAUUCUAGCAGUGAUGGAGAGAGUGAAGGACCCUGAACAAUGGAGAGAAGGCGAUGGAAGAGGAGGGGGCAGAGGCAGAGACCAGUUUUUUUCUCCUGUCUGUACCUCUCAGAAACAGCAUCCGAGGAGCCGGCCAGGCCAGACCAGCACGGGAGCUCCCAGGGUCUGCACCCCCGGCCACGGGUGAGCCAGCCAGGCUCCUGGUGCAGAGGCAAACACUGCCCUCUUCACCCCGCUGGAGCCCCUACAAACUCUCAGUACUGUUUUCCCCUUGUUUCUCAGUCAACAAGAGCCUAAAGAGCAAGGUAGAAAUAUAUCUCAAAUCAUUUCAAAUUUCAUAUAUCCCAAGCCCUCCCCAAGCCUCUGUGAGUCCAUUUAAAGAGCUCUUCCUAUUCGUCAAUUUUGCCUGGUUGUUGCUGUUCAGAUGGUAAAAACAGAACAAUUUGUAAGGAUAAAAGAUGGGAUCCAAUUCCCUUUCAUUUUCAUUCAUUGGGAUGUCAUCUGAGGAAUCUCUAUUUCAGAGCAGGGAAUGCCAAGGGGAACAGACAUGAACCCCCUGAAUUAAAUCAUAGUCUGCUGGAGAAAAUAAACAGAUAUAGAGCUGACUAGGAUAGCCUGUGAUAAAGACUGUGAUCAAGAUUUGAAAUAAAGCAGGAAAAUUUCUCUGGAGUAUAUUUUUCUGGGCUUGGUGAGGGACCUCACAGAAGAGGUGCUGAAGUUUGGAAGCGAUUUUUGUUUCUUUGUA